UUGCAUGCCAAAGAAUAUAAAUACAGCUCCUCCAGUGGUCCCCACUCUCCCCCUUAUUUUUGCCUCAGCAUUACUGCGCGUCCGAUAUCUCCGUCGGCGCGUCAGAUUUGCGCGUCUGGCUAACACCGGCCCCGAUCCCUCCACCCACCCUCUCUCUCUCUCUCUCUAGAAUUUCUCUCUCACUAACGUGUGAGAUCUUAGCAGUUCACACAUGCCUUCUGUGAUUAUGUACGGACAAAGAUGCCAUUUUGGUACAGAACCUUUAAUUUUUUUUUCCUUUUUCUCUAAAUUUUGGCAAUAUUUCCUCAGAUAAAAAGACGAGAGGUGUUAGAACUUCAAUUUCAGAGAGGAAAGCUCCAUCUAUAGCUCUUUCUCUCUCACACUCUCAUUCUCUCAUUCUCUCAUUCUCUCAUUCCAGCUUAUUGUAUCUUCUUUCUUUCUUUUCUCUUUCUGGUUUCUUCUUUGUUCAGUAAAGAAGAAAAAAGAGAACUAUUUUUUGCUGCAACUUAUAAUUUAGAAAUUUGUAGAGAGGGGAAGAAAAAGGGGGGAGAAAAUGGGAGUCGUUUCUCAGGAUGCGAUCAAGCAGUUCCAAGCUUUAAUAGAUCAAGUCGAAGAGCCAUUAAAGAAGACCUUUCAGAAUAUGCAUCAAGGGUAUCCAACAGAAUCCUUGGUGCGGUUUCUCAAGGCAAGGGAAUGGAAUGUUUCCAAAGCGCAUAAAAUGUUGGUGGAUUGUUUAAACUGGAGAAUACAAAAUGAGAUAGACAAUAUAUUAUCGAAACCCAUAGCUCCUGUGGACUUUUAUAGGGCUUUGCGUGACUCACAGCUCAUAGGAAUGUCAGGUUAUUCAAAGGAGGGCCUCCCUAUUUUGGCUAUUGGUGUUGGGCUCAGCACAUUUGACAAGGCAUCUGUUCAUUACUAUGUUCAGUCGCACAUCCAAUUUAAUGAAUAUCGGGACCGAGUAAUUUUGCCUUCGGCAACAAAGAAAUAUGGGCGGCAUAUUGGCACCUGUGUGAAGGUUUUGGAUAUGACUGGUCUAAAGCUUUCAGCACUGAGCCAAAUUAAGCUAUUGACUGUUAUAUCUACUAUUGAUGAUCUUAACUAUCCUGAGAAGACGGAUACGUACUACAUUGUGAACGCGCCAUACAUAUUUUCAGCUUGUUGGAAGGUAGUAAAGCCACUAUUGCAAGAGAGGACAAGGAGGAAAAUUCAGGUGCUGCAGGGUUGUGGGAGAGAUGAGUUGCUGAAGAUAAUGGACUAUGCAUCCCUUCCACAUUUCUGUGUAAGAGAAGGAUCGGGUUCAUCCCGGCAUUCAACAAAUGGAACCGAUGAUUGCUUCUCAUUGGACCAUCCAUUUCAUCAAGAGCUCUAUAACUACAUCAAGCAGCAAUCCUUGAGCCAUGCACCUGUUGCGCCCAUCAAGCAAUGUUCUUUCCAUGUAGAUGUGCCUGAUCCAGACCCAAAAGGCACAAAGAUCGCUCUGACCUUAGAAUCCGAGUUCCAAAAGCUUGGGGAUCAGAAUGGGCUCUCUCAUUCACUGGAUGACCUGAAAAUCAAUGGUGAUUCAGAUGGGAGGAAGAAAUGGUAUCAGUAACUUGCAAUAUCAAAACUUGGCAAUUGGUAGCUCUCAAUCAUGUUGUGACAGCUCUAACAUGAGGGCCAUGGGAGGCGUUUUGUAGCUCCUGCCAGAUUGUGAGUGUCCAUGUAUGAAAUGUAAUGGUAACUGCUUGCAUUAACUCAAUGCAGGCUUUUGUAGGAAAGCUAAUUGAUUUAUGUAACUUGACAUGUUACCAUUAGGGCGGGCCAAUUUGAAACUGUCAUAAUAUGAAAUGGAAAUGAAAGAAAGAGCAGUAUAAACCUCGUUCAGUAAAA